AUGUCGAUAAAUACGUCUUUCUCUAACCCAGAAGCGCUCCUCGUGUUUAAUACAUCCGAGUAUCCGCGCGAAAUUGAGAGAUGCUCGUUCAUCUGCUUCGUCGCGUUAUCCAUAUCGACGUUAGGUGUACUUGGUAACGUAGCAUUUCUUUUUGUCGUGAUUCGAGUGUGCUCAAUGCAAACUGUCACUAACGCCUACUUAGUCAACUUGGCUUUUGCGGAUUUGUUACAUCUGGUAACACACACUUCACUCUGGCUGUGUGGUAUACUUGCCGAUCCGUGUCCCGUCGACCAGGACACCAACUUACCCGUAUUUUGUGUUGUCUUGGUUUUCUCGCGUAUGAGCCAAUAUGUGUCAAUGUUCACAGUAACGGUGUUGAGUCUUGAGCGAUAUGUAGCUGUGUGCCGACCGAUCGUCUAUCGCAACGGAGCGAUUCACCGACCUUGCUUUGUAGCUACCGUUAUCGGCAGUACCUGGCUGCUGGCAUUGCUUUUUUCUUCAGAACAGUUUUCAGCUUGUAUUGUCACUACCGGUAGUUACUACCAUAAUCGCGCAAUAAUUGGGAGCCUUAUUUUCAUCGUGUCAUUGAUGUUUUUAAUGACAAUUGUCACCGCCGUGUAUGUGAAUAUUAUUUGCCGUGUCAGAGCUUCUACCCAUUCUAUGAAAAGUCGUGACAAACAGAUAAUACGAAUUUGUAUAGCGACAGCUUGCAUUUACUUCAUCUGUAUGUUACCCAGCGUUUUGCAAGCAUUCAUGAUAGUUCUAAAUUCUCUGCAAUAUAAUAUCAACAACAUACUGGAAAAGCUUAUCGUCACCAACAACGUCGCCACUAUUCUUCUAGAAGUCAAUUCGUCUAUCAACCCUAUAGUAUAUAAUGCACUGAGUUCAAACUACAGGAGUGCUUUCAGCAUGGCGUUCAAGUGUUCUGAAUCGUACAGCUGCUUCUUUGUACCCUGCAAAGAACCUGCGGGUAUUAACAAAAGUAAUGGUAACGAGCACCACAGCGAAGAGCAUGUCGAUUUAACGCAAUUUACAAAACAUCGUGGAGCAGAAAAUAGAAGAGGUCAUAGAAGGAACUCGGAAUGCUGA